AUGGCCUGGGCCGAGAACAACACCGACUCCUUCGACUUCGACAAAUGGUUCUUCCAGUUCGACCUCGAGAACACCGACAACCCCUCCUUCGACAUCGAGAAGCUCAAACACCUCGCGCCCCACAACUACCAGGGCCCCGGCGGCAAGGCCUUCGCGACCUUCUUCGCCACCCGCAGCCCGUCGCUCUUCGACCCCUACUUCAUGGCCACGCAGCAGGGCGUGUUCCGGCUCCUCUGGGACCAACGCUCGCGGUCGCGGCGCUACCCCGUCGUCGUCUUCGUCACCAAGUUCGCCACCCAGGCCCAGCGGGACCUGUUCGCGGCCGCGGGCGCGCUCGUGCGCGAGCUCGACCUCGUGCCCUUCCACCCGGUGAAGCAGCCGCAGGGCGGCGGCGUGGCCGGCCGGCUGAUCGACAUGUUCAGCAAGCUGGAGAUGUGGAAGCAGACCGACUUCGACCGGCUCAUGUACAUGGACUCGGACGCCUUCGCGCUCGAGAACAUCGACCGCGUCUUCAGCCUGGCGCCGCAGCAGCGCUGCAAGGUCGAGCUGAUGCUCCCCCAGGACCUCACGGAGAAGGGCCGGGACAUGUGCGACUACGUCUUCUCGGGCCACCAGGAGCGCGUCGGCAUGGUCAACGCGGGGGUGAUCGUCAUCAAGCCGAACCUGGCCAUGCACGAGAUGCUGAUCCGGGAGUCGAGCAACAUGACCAACUUCGACCAGGGGCUGGCCGAGCAGUCCUUCGUCAACUACAUCUUCCGGCCGAAUGGGCCGUUCCCGCCCGGCGCGCUGGAGAACGCGUGGAACGGCUACCCGCAGCUGAAGGAGGACGGCAAGGACCUGUUCAUCGUGCACGGCAAGAUCUGGGUGCCCAUGGCCGAGACCAUCUGGGCGCACGACGACUGGACCGACACGUGGAACCGCAUGCUGGAGCUGUACAACAGCGAGGAGUUCGUGCAGCUGCGGGAGCAGGACGACAAGCUCUUCCAGGAGAUCGUCUGA